AUGGAAACGGUCAAGCCGAGCGAAAUGAAAAGGCGCGAAGCCGAAAAGAAGCACGUGUACUCGGCAUCCGGAGCACCGCUGGGUACGAUUUCUUCCCCCCCACGCACGACCGUCUCCACGCCGCCCUUGGGAUUGAAAACGACCAUUGUCUUCUCCGGUACCGGUGUCCCGAUCGAUACGCGUCUCGAAUCACCCCCCGAGCUACCACCGGCCAAAACUGGGACGAGUCCCAACACGCGACCCCCGUUGCCACGCAAAAGAUCCAAACGGAGUCAGCGGAGUAAAGGCAAAAGCCGAGACAAGAAUACUUCCUCCACACCCACGAUUUUGUGUUGGCUGAUUCAGCGAGGCAAGUAUGAGGAUGCUACGGAACGCUUGCACGAAACUCCGCAGGAGGCUAGUAUUUGGUGGGUGGAACGACCUCCGGGAGACGAUGCCGCUGUUUCCCGGGCCUUGCCCAUUCAUUUGGCGUGUCGGAAACUCGCGGAAGAAACGGACGAAGCGGCUCGGGCUCGCCUCGGCGACUUUCUUUCCCACCUUCUUUUGAUUUAUCCACAAGGGGCAAGAAUGCGUGACGACGGACACGUCGACCGGACUCGGAUCGAGGACAGCCUACUGUUUUGCAACAGUAGUAACAACAGCAACAAUAACAGCAUUCGAUCCGCCCGACGUACAGCGAUUCCCGUCACGGGUCGAUUGCCCGUGCACGAUGCCGUGGCGGGGGGUGUCGACGAAGAAACACUCGCCUUAUUCCUCACUGUAUAUCCGGAAUCGAUCUAUUCCGUAGAUGAGCGACGAUUGUCUCUGUCGGAACUCAAUCGACUCGCCACAAACGAUCCGAAUAUUCAAGGUGUUCUGGAUUUAGGCUACGAAGACUGGAAGUCGGCCUACGAAUCGUCUCCGCUAUCUGGAAGGUCCGCCUCAAAAAUGGAUGAUUUGGUAAGUUGCGCUUCCGAGGCUCGGAACGCGGAUAUCAGCGCGUCAACGCCGAUUUGCCUAUUAGUCGACGAAGGCGACGAACUCUUUCCGGAUAAUGUCAGUGCCUUAACCACACCUGACGAGCUUUUACCUUCCGGUAACAAUGUGUGGGGGAUAGACCGACAUGGCGACAAGAUUGAGGACAAAGACAAAGAGGAAGUCUCUUCCGAACACGACGUUGUCGAAGAGGCAAAGCACGAAACUAAACCAGAACAGAACUCGCCGAGCUCCGACCCGGCUCCUAUUGUGACCUGGGAACAGAUUGAGGAACGCGCCCUCGCUUUGGAACGAGUACUUGGCGAGAUGAAGACCAAAAAUUACGACUUGCACGAGAAGAUUCAAGUUUUAUCCAAAGACCAAGGGAGGGAGAUCAUUUUGCGCGUAGAUCGAUCUCAGAAAACCGAUUUGUACGGAAUGGUGGAUGUGUUACAACACCAGAAUUUCGCUCUUGAUCAAAAUAUUUAUAAAACGGAAACAUUGCUUCACUACUCAGUUUUUCCGAGCGACGAAGAGUCGGUGGGACGGCAACGGCGACGAGGAGAAAUCGCACGUAUGCUAGGCUGGCUGGAUGUUGAAGAAAAUGAUAAAAGCAGCACUAUCGAGGACAGCAGCGACGAGGAAAAGGUUAAUGACACCACGUUGCAACAAAUAUACAAUGAGCUCCACGAAUCUUAUGAUCAGCAAAAAGCUGCCAUCAAACAGUUUGGUUUCGUCUUUGAAAAACUCGGGAUCAAUCGUUUUGUGGACGAGGACAAUGCAUCUGCUGAUACGGUGCCCCGGAGUGUCGUUUCCAAUCUGACCGUGAACUCCGACGACUGGAGCUUUGGCUCCGAUCAUUGUGACGAUGUCUCGCGUCCAGAGCGGUCUCGGAAUGUCUUGCGCGAAGUAGAGAUUGAAUGGCCUGAAGACAGCGUAGAUGCAUGCCAAGUGAGUGACAAUUUAAGUACCAUUUUCCGCCACGCUGCCGCCAUCACCGAAGAGAAUGAAGAUUGCCUGAUGCCAACAUCCUCUGGGGGGCACAAUUUUGGAGUAGAUAAUCUAAGCCAAAUCCUACGGUCGGCAGCUGCCAAGGAAACGAGGCGGAAAAAGGUCAAGCGUAUGAAACCUGUCAGUCAAGAAUUGACCAUUCCGGCGCUCAUGCCUGAAGGUGGUGCAAAGAUGUUACCAGCAAUAGCGGGCAGCCUGCAACACACCAAGUCUAUUGGCUCUUUUCGAUCGGCAUCCAAAUCCUCCUUGAAACAGAGCUUUUUUACAUCAACUACCAAGAUUUACGAGGUGCCUUCUGUCUUGCCGGAGGCUCCUGUUAAAAGUCCAUCGUUAAAGUCUACGAUUUCGGCCGAACGCUCCUGUCAUGUAGCGUCGGCGUGUAUAUCAGACCCAAUCCGGCCUCGUAGCAUCAAGUCCAGCGAGGAUCCGAAAAGAAGUGACAGUGAAAGUAAAGGUAGCGGUGGUGGAUUCCGGCGGCAACAGCGGCGCCCGAGCUUGAUGGAUGGUGUGACGGCCUUGGCCGAAAAGGGGCGACUCCAUACACGCGAGCACAAUGAUCAACAAUCUCAAUCUCCUUCGCAUUUGCAGUCCGACGUUACAGAUCUCCUGACUCCCGAUGGUGACAAAAACGGCACGGACAAUGACCAUUGUGAGCACGACGAAUUGAAGCUGUCCGACAGAAAACCUCCUAUUGUGUCGUUUAACACUGUCUCUAUACGAGUGUACGAUCGUAUUCUCAGCGAUAACCCGGCAGCUGCUAGCGGCCCGAGUCUUGGUAUUGGGUGGGUCUUUGUACCUCAAGAUGUCAAAUCAGUUGACGACUUUGAGAUUUUGCGUGAGCCUAUGCGCGCUCCGGAGAGGUUGCUGCUGACUCGCCAAGAGCGUGAACAGGUCUUUUUUGACCUGGGGUAUACCCAGAAGGACGUGGCUGUUAACGUACGCGAGCUCAACAAAUUGCGAUCACAGCGUCGAAGAACGAUUGUGAACCUUGGUUCCACAAGAGUUGAAGAAACGGUGGAAGUCGCCAAGCGGAAACUCAAAUCAAUCUUGCGACUGAAACGUAGUAGUCCUCUGGAAACAUCCGCUAAGAAUUUGCUUUCAUCUACUUCCACAAAUUCGACUACAUCGUCCUCGAAAGACAAGGAAAAGCUCACAAGUGCCAUCGAACAGAGUACGAGCAAGCCUUUGCAGCUAGCAAUCAACCCAAUUUAA